GCCCUGGGCUAGAUAACCUCGAGGCCCGGACUGGGCUACCGCCGUUCACUUCACGCAGCGUCCGCGCUGUCUCUGUCCUCAUCUCCGCGAAGACAGGCUACCGCCGCCGCCCUACGCCAGGUGCCGAGGCCUCUCUGUCUCUUCGCCGGCGACGAUCCAAUAGCCAGCAGCAGAAGGAGGACACCAUGAAGCUUGACGUGAAUGCCCUUCGCUACCUCGCCAAGGACGACUUCCGCGUCCUUACCGCCGUCGAGAUGGGCAUGCGCAACCACGAGAUUGUUCCAGCAGAACUUGUCGACAGGAUCGCCAGACUGAAGCAUGGAGGCACAUACAAAGUGCUGAGGAAUCUUUUGAAGAACAAGCUAGUGCAUCAUGAUGCCACUAAAUACGAUGGGUAUAGACUCACCUAUCUAGGAUAUGACUUCCUUGCCAUCAAGACUUUGGUUAAUCGGGGAGUUUUUGCUUCAGUUGGCCGUCAGAUCGGUGUUGGAAAGGAGUCUGAUAUAUUUGAGGUUGCCACAGAGGAUGGUACAGUACUCGCCAUGAAACUUCAUAGGCUGGGAAGGACAUCUUUUAGGGCUGUGAAAUCUAAACGUGACUAUCUAAGGCACAGAAGGAGCUUUAAUUGGCUGUACCUCUCACGACUUGCAGCCUUGAAAGAAUUUGCCUUUAUGAAGGCUUUAGGGGACCAUGGUUUCCCUGUUCCAGCUGCUGUAGAUUGCAAUCGCCAUUGUGUGAUCAUGUCACUUGUGCAGGGAUAUCCUCUUGUUCAAGUGAAAGAGUUACAAAAUCCAGAUGACGUUUUUGACACAAUUCUUGGUCUUAUUGUUCGUUUGGCAGAGCAUGGACUGAUACAUUGUGACUUUAAUGAGUUCAAUAUCAUGAUUGAUGAUGAUGAAAAAAUUACGGUUAUUGAUUUUCCACAGAUGGUAUCUGUUUCUCAUCGUAAUGCCCAAAUGUUUUUUGACCGAGACAUUGAAUGUAUCUACAAGUUCUUUAACAAAAGGUUCAAUCUGACAUCAGAGAAAAAUGAAGAACAAGCUGGGUCUGAAAGUGAUGAUGAAGGGAAUAGCAGACCUUCCUUUUUGUCUGUGAAAAAGACUGCUGGUUCCUUGGACAAGGAACUAGCUGCAAGUGGAUAUACCAGGAAAGAGCAAGUGGAGAUGGACAAGUACAUUGAGGAAGAUGCUGAAAGACAUGAUUCCAGCUCAGAUGAUGAUGACGACGACGACGACAAUGACAAGGACGAUUCUGCUGAGCCUGAUUGUAAUCUUGCCUCAAGGGAUUCAGAUGUGCCUGGAACUUUUUCUGAAGAGAAUGAAACAAGCUGUAGCAGUGAGAAGAGAUUGGAAAGUCCCUCGGGUGACAAUGGAGAGGCUAUGAAACCGCUUGAAUCUGAGGGCAAGACGCUUUCCCAGAAAGACGACAACAAUGAUGAUGACUCAUCAGAGGAUGCUGAUGAAGAAGAAGAAGAUGCCGAGCUCACGAAACAAUUGAACAAGCAAAGGAAAAAGGCAAUAGCAGCUGCCAGUGGUCGGAGAAGGCCAGUGUCGUCCAGGAACGCCUGCAAGGACAAGGGUAAGGGCACCAUGAACUCCAAAAUCCAGAGGCAGGCGUGCCAGUGGUGAUGGUCACUCGAAUGUCUGCAGUGCCUCUUUCGACAAUCGUAAAGUAGACCAAGAGUAGGAUUUUCCAUGAGGGUAGAACCGAGGGAUCCCUGUACUAGAAUCAACUCUGGUUUUAUUCUUUUAUCACAUGUCGUAUACCUUUUUGUACACGGUUAUGGUGAGAUCAUUUGAGUUAUGCUUGUGUUUAUACCAACUGAAUAGCUGAGCGUACUGCCUUCUUCAA